GGAAUUUUUGUACGAACGGGAGACAAUCCAAAUGAGGUCAAUCGCUAUUGAUUCCAUAAUGAAAUGAAAUUCAAUAGGAAACGUCUACAUAAAUGAUCCAGAUCUGAUUAAUUAUAAGUUCACAAAAUGGAUAUCAACUGACUUUGAUGUGAAAAAUUUCUGCUUAUAACAUUUCUACUGAAGAUAUAAAUAAGGUUAAAAAAUGGCAGGAUCCCGUCAAAAUCCGCAUGGAUUGAAGCAAAUUGGAUUAGACCAGAUUUGGGAUGAUCUUAGAGGAGGAAUCAAACAUGUAUACAACCGACAGAGCAUGGCUAGAAACAGAUACAUGGAACUAUACACACAUGUUUACAAUUACUGUACAAGUGUUCACCAGUCUGGACAAGCUGGUCAACAGUCAUCUUCAAGGGCACAAGGUGGGCGUCGUCCAAAACCACCCACAGGAGGAGCCCAGUUUGUUGGGUUUGAGCUGUAUAAAAGACUAAAAGAUUUUCUUAAAUCCUACCUGGUCACAGUGUUGAGGGAUGGACAAGAUUUUCUUGAUGAGCAGGUUCUAUCAUUCUACACCAAACAAUGGGAGGAUUAUCAGUUUUCCAGUAAGGUAUUAAAUGGAGUGUGUGCCUAUCUAAACAGACAUUGGGUCAGGAGAGAAUGUGACGAAGGAACUAAAGGCAUUUAUGAAAUUUAUUCUCUUGCAUUAAUUAUAUGGAGGGAUAAUUUAUUCAAACCACUGAAUAAACAAGUAACAAAUGCUGUCCUUAAACUAAUAGAAAAGGAGAGAUAUGGUGAAACCAUUAACACCAGACUUGUCAGUGGUGUAAUUAAUUGUUAUGUUGAGCUUGGCCUGAAUGAAGAUGACCCAUCUACCAAAGGUCCAACAUUAAGUGUUUAUAAAGAUCACUUUGAGAAUCCAUUCUUAGAUGAUACAGAACAGUUUUAUACAAGAGAGAGUACAGAGUUCCUAAGACAAAAUCCUGUUACAGAAUAUAUGAAAAAGGCUGAAGCCAGACUAAUGGAAGAACACAAGAGAGUACAGUUGUAUUUACACGAAAGUACACAGGAUGUUCUUGCCAGGAAAUGUGAGAAAGUUCUCAUAGAGAAACAUCUGGAAAUAUUCCACUGUGAAUUCCAGAAUCUCUUACAUGAUGACAAAAAUGAUGAUUUAGGAAGAAUGUAUCAAUUGGUGUCUAGGAUACAGGAUGGUCUUGGAGAACUGAAGAAUUUGUUAGAAACACAUAUAUAUAACCAAGGAAUGGAAGCCAUAGAUAAAUGUGGAGAGGCUGGUCUCAAUGACCCUAAGAUAUAUGUACAGACAAUUUUAGAUGUUCAUAAGAAAUAUCAUGCCUUAGUGUUGACGGCAUUUAGUAAUGACUCAGGGUUUGUGGCAGCCUUAGAUAAGGCAUGUGGUAGAUUUAUAAAUAAUAAUUCAGUAACAAAGUUGGCUAAUUCCUCCAGUAAAUCACCUGAAUUGUUAGCAAGAUACUGUGAUCUUUUACUUAAAAAGAGUUCCAAGAACCCAGAGGAAGCUGAAUUAGAGGAUACAUUAAAUCAAGUGAUGAUAGUAUUUAAAUACAUAGAAGAUAAAGAUGUGUUCCAGAAAUUCUACAGUAAAAUGCUGGCUAAGAGAUUAGUGCAACACAUGUCUGCAAGUGAUGAUGCUGAAGCCAGUAUGAUCUCAAAAUUAAAGCAAGCCUGUGGAUUUGAGUAUACAUCCAAACUACAAAGAAUGUUUCAAGACAUCAGUGUCAGUAAAGAACUUAACGAUCAAUUCAGGGAACAUCUUAAAAAAUCUCCUGCUGAAGACCAGCUGGAUAUUGAUUUCAGCGUACAGGUGCUAAGCUCAGGGUCGUGGCCUUUUCAACAGUCUUGUACAUUCGCUCUGCCACAAGAGAUGGAGAGAAGUUUUCAAAGAUUUACCUGUUUCUAUAGUAACCGCCACAGUGGUAGAAAAUUAAAUUGGUUGUAUCAUAUGUCUAAAGGAGAGUUGGUCACACAUUGUUUUAAAAAUAGAUAUACAUUACAGGCCUCCACAUUUCAAAUAGCCGUCCUUUUACAGUUUAAUUUAGAAAAUAGUUUAUCAGUUCAACAAUUACUGGAUAGUACACAAAUCAAAUUGGAUAUGUUACAGCAAGUUCUCCAGAUACUGCUCAAAUCUAAGUUACUAGUUACAGACGAUGAUGAAAAUGAACUUGUCCCUACGUCACAACUGUCUCUUUUCUUUGGAUACAAAAAUAAAAAGUUACGUGUAAAUAUAAAUGUUCCAAUGAAACAAGAGGUGAAAAUAGAACAGGAAGCUACACACAAACACAUUGAAGAAGAUCGAAAACUUCUAAUUCAGGCAGCCAUAGUACGUAUAAUGAAAAUGAGGAAGACAUCAAAACAUCAACAACUUUUAGGAGAAGUUUUGAACCAGCUAUCAUCUAGAUUUAAGCCCAGAGUUCCUGUGAUUAAGAAAUGUAUAGACAUUUUGAUAGAGAAGGAAUAUCUAGAACGUGUUGAAGGACAGAAGGAUACAUACAGUUACUUAGCAUAAAUUUAAACUCACUGCUGUUUUGUAAAUUCACCUUAAAAUGUCUGCCGAUGACAAGGGAGUGAAUUCAUCAAAGUAUGAAAGGGAGAUAACUGAAUUUUUGUUUUUGUUUGGAUAAGAGGAAUAGAGGAAAUGAUGAAUUUGCAGAGUGUUUGUCAGUUGUGAAUGCAGACAAGAUUUCUACUAGAGUUCAACAGUUUAGUUUGUUACGUCCUCAGAUACAAUAGCAUUUUGCUGGACUGUUACUUUUUUCUCUCUAUUUUAUUGAGAGUUCUUGAAUUAGAUAUUGAACAUACUUUGUACUAGACUGUCUUGUAUGUGCCAAUGAUGUAUAACUCUUUCCUGUUGUAUAUCUUUUACCUAUAUAUUCUAUACUAGGGCUAUAUAAGUGUAAUACAAAUAGGAUAAAAUAACAAAGAUAUUCUAAACUGGCAUUAGAUUCCUGGUAGGCAAAAUUAAGUCAAUGAACUGUUAUUUAUUUACAUUAAAAAAUUGAUGUCAUAAUCCAAUUGUCCUAUUUAUAGCUGCUGCAUUGCUAUUUUUAUGUCAGAUAUUUUGUUCUUAAAUAUUAAAAAGAUUAUUCUUUUGAUUAGUAAUUAAAGAUUUCCAUGGUAGCUUUUUUUCCAGAAUUAAUGAUAUCAUUUGAUAUUUCUAACAUCUUUGACACGACUGCUUGGGUUUACAAAUUCUCACUGUCAAAUAUCAUACCAGAUACCAAAAUAGAAACUUUCAUCAAUCAGUUCAGAAUUUUGGAUUUAUUUUUUAAAUUUGAAGGUUUUACUUGGAUGCAAUUUCAUUAUUAUUUAAUAGAGGGAAAAAAACUGAUUAAAAAAGAUUUGGGGAUGUGGGAGUUUACUUUUCUUUAGUCCUAAAUAUUUUUUUGUAUAUUUUGUUUACCACAUCAAAACAGCAUUUUGUAUUAAUUUUGCUGUUUAUCCUAAGUUGUGCAAUGUACAUUUUUAAUUUGUUUUAUUUAUUUAUGGUUUUUAUAUCUUUAUGAUGGUAGUGCAAGCAGUUUGUACACAUACUGCUUGUAUAACACUGAAGAAAAACCAAAAAGUGCUUGUUGUGUGCUUAAUUAGUUUGCUUUUUCAACAAAUGAAGAGCUUAGAUUGCUCCUCUUAUUUGAAACAUAAGAUUUUCAAAUAAAACAUAAACUGCAUUAUAUAAACUUGAUUCCGUAAGUGUUUGACUUGUAAAAAUUCAUCAAUUCACCUUUUUUCUUUUAAGGAUAACAUAAGAAUUAGCCAAAUUAAGUUGUGUGUAUGUCGAUGAAAGUGUGUGUAAUGCAUUUUUGCAGUUGAGAAAAAGAAUAGUAUUUGAGUGUAACUGUGAUGUCAUUUCUGUUUUAAAGAAUCCUUAUUUUGUUAUGCAAAAAGUUUAUGAUCUAAAUAUAUAUAAAUAACUACCAUUAAAUUUUACAAUACCUCAGAUAUGACUAUAUGUUUAUUUGUUUGUUAAAAAACAACCCAUAUUUACUUUUAGUUUGUGGAAAUCAAAACCAAUUUUCAAAAUUACAUAGUUGUAUUUGAAAUCCUAAAACAUCUUCGGAUUAUAAAACAUAUCGAAAAUAUUUUAAUUAAUUAAGUUUACCUUAACUGUACAACUUUUUUGUGUGUUUAUUUUGCACAUGCUAUUUCAACUACAAAAACCAGAUUUUAAUAGCAAAACUUCAGGUUCUUAAAUUGUAUCAGCAUAUCGUCCAUGUGAUUAAAUAAUUUCCGUUACAUUACUGGAAAUUAAAGGGAAAUAAGAUUUGAACCAAACCCUUUAUAGAAAAUAAAAAAAUAAUGUAUUCUUUUCCAUACAGAAUAAAUGUUUUCACUAAAUUAGAUUUUCUUGAUAUUGGAGUCAGAAAGGACCCAUUUUCAAAAUUCAUAUCAUUUUCUUGAUAUUGGAGUCAGAAAGGACCCAUUUCAAAAUUUAAACAAGUCCAAUGCAUUAGUUUUCCAUUUUGAAAAGUUCUUUACAUCAACUUUAAUAACAGUAGAAUAACCGUGUCAGAAUCAGCUCUGCUUUGUUGAUCUAUACAUGGUGUUGUGAUAUCAUGCUGUGCUAGACACAGCUCAACAAUUAUUAUUUUCCAAUUACCGUUAUAACUUUCUUUUGUUGUAGAAUCAGUUGAAAAUCUAUUUUACGAUGUACAUAUAUUUAAUUGCCAAAUAUAAGAGUGUUGCCCAAUCACUAGGCAAUCCUAUCUUGUUUCAGACAAUUGUUUUUGUUUGUUGAAUAUUCUCAAAUUUUAUAUUCUCAUUGAGGAUUCUGCGUUUUUAAAAAUUAUCUUCAAUGUUUUUGUCUUUCAUAUCAUUUUGUUCCUGUUUUCUUGGAAUUCAGAAAAAAAUUAAAUACUACAGCUGUUAAUAUUGAACAUGAAGUUAUUUGUUUUAACAAGAUAUUGGUGUGUAACUAUAGAUAGUGUUGUAAUUGGCUUCUUUUUUUUUUUUUUAUCUUUUUCGAAACUGCCUUGAUUGCCUCUUUGCCUCAAUGGCAGAAGUCUUGACUUAAAUCCUGGACAAGGUAAAACCAAACCUGCUUUUCCACCAAAUAUUAAGAUGUAAGAAUUUAGUAACUGAUUGACUCAGGAGUCAGGAAAAUUGUGUGUGAGGCAGAUAAUAAUAAUAAAAAAAAAAAUUAACUUUAAGUUUUUUUUUCUAUGUAUGUUUGAUAAAUUUCUUUUUUUUUUACCGGUAUUGAUUUACUUGAACUUUCAAGAGCUAAAAUUAUUUAAAUGAGAACUAAAAGAUCCAAUUUUAAGGAAUAACAAUAUUGUCUUAUUGAACUUUUAACUUUUUGACCCCUUUCCAACUUAUCCUCAAUUCUGUUGACAUUCCAAGUUUUCAAUCUAUUAUAUUCCUUGUUGAUUUAUACUCAUUCUGAAUGAAUAUGCAUAAAACAAUUUCCAUAGGAUGUACAGCAAACAAUCAAUCAACCUUGCCCUACAUGCUCAUAAAAUAAGGUUAUACUAUUCCCCAACCCCCUCUAAAAAAAGUGAGAUGCAACACUAUAUAUAUUUUACACACACUUAUAUUUAAAAUGAAUUGCUAGUUACAUACCUAGUUUACUUUGACAAUAAUUUCUUUUCCCUUGUUUAGUAAUAUAACAGAUUGCAGCUGUGCUGUAUAAACAACACUAGUUAGGUCACAAAUAUUUUCAUGGUAAAUUCAGACUGGCUGUACAAAAUUAAAGCAAUUACCAAGAAUCUCUUGCACCAAUAAUUGAUAUAAUUUAUUAAUCUGUUCUUUUUCAUCUGAAUAAAAAAAAUGACAUAUUGCUGAA